AUGCUCGGUGCAGCAAUUUCUGAAGUCCUUGUCUGGACAUACAAAUACAGAGGCACACGGCGAAAGAAGAAAGUACAGAAGAGAUUGAUGUUACAAUACUUGAGGUCUACGGACGAAACUGGGGACAAGAACAUAGAGUUUCCAUUUAUUAGCUUCCACGACAUUGUUGUGGCAACAGACAACUUCUCUGAUGCCAAUAUGCUUGGGAAGGGAGGUUUCGGAAAAGUUUACAAGGGACUGUUGGCAGGCACCAAUGAAGUAGCCGUCAAGAGACUUAGCAAGAGUUCUGGGCAAGGCACCCAGAAAUUUAGAAACGAAGUAGCCCUGAUUGCAAAAUUGCAGCACAAAAACCUACUUAGGCUUCUCGGUUGCUGUAUUCAUGAAGAUGAGAAGCUAUUAGUCUACGAAUACUUGCCCAACAAAAGCUUGGAUUACUUCCUCUUUGACUCUGAAAGAAACUUAAUGCUUCAAUGGCCGACAAGGUUCAAGAUAAUCAAGGGAGUAGCACGGGGAAUGAUGUAUCUCCAUCAUGACUCCAGAUUAACUAUAAUCCACAGAGAUCUCAAAGCAAGCAAUAUUUUGUUAGAUAAAGAGAUGAUCCCUAAGAUAUCAGAUUUUGGCAUGGCUAGGAUAUUCGGUGGCGACCAGCAUGAGGCAAAUACAAACAGGGUUGUUGGGACAUAUGGUUAUAUGUCCCCUGAAUAUGCAAUGGAAGGUGCAUUUUCAGUCAAGUCAGACACCUACAGCUUUGGUGUUCUAAUGUUGGAGAUUGUAAGUGGUCUAAAGACCACCUCACCAUAUCUUAUCAAGGAUUUUCCUAACCUUAUAGUCUAUGCAUGGAACCUAUGGAAGGAUGGCAACAUAGAAGAUUUGGUGGGCUCAUCUGUUAAGGAGGAUUAUAGCCUCGAUGAAGUUUCGCGAUGCAUCCAUAUAGGACUUCUUUGUGUUCAAGACAGUCCGAACUGUAGGCCACUCAUGUCAGCAGUUGUAUUCAUGCUCGAGAACAAAAUCACGCCACUCCCGAUACCAAUGUGUAGGAGUGAAUGA